AUGGGGACCUCUGCUUUGUUUGCAGUCAGGACUGAGAGAGGAGCCUGUUGUUUGCUUCUGCUCCUUGUGCUCUGCGGCGUGGGAGGGAAAUGUGAGCUUCAGGAAUCCAAACCUGCGGCCGGUGUCAAACAUACUCACAAAGAACACCAGGCCUUCCCAAAUAAGGAGAAGCCAAGCUUUCCUGUGUUCUCGAUGAACUACCAUCAGAUCCAGGUCCCCUUUGAGUUUACACUUUGGAUACUGCUGGCCUCUCUUGCCAAAAUUGGUUUCCACAUUUACCAUAAAAUCACUGUCUGGAUCCCAGAGUCCUGCCUCAUUAUUGCCAUCGGCCUCAUCGUUGGUGGCAUCAUACACUCGGUCAAAGAGAUACCCCCUGCUGUGCUAAGCUCAAACAUCUUCAUUCUCUUCAUGCUCCCACCCAUGGCCCUCGACAACAGCUACUUCAUGCCCACAAGGCUGUUCUUCGAAAACGCCGGCACGGUGCUGUGGUACUCGGUGGUUGGAACUAUGUGGAACAGUAUCGGCAUUGGGCUUUCCCUCUUCGCCAUCUGCCAGUUUGAGGUGUUUGAAAUUCAAGACAUAACCCUGCAGGACAACUUGCUGUUUGCCUCCAUCAUCUCAGCUGUGGACACCAUGGCUGCGCUGAAUGUGUUUGAGGACACUGGAGUCAAUGAGCAGAUAUAUAUAGUCAUAUUUGGAGAGGGACUCUUCAACGAUGCUGUCACUUUGGCACUUUACAGCAUGUCCUCCUUUUUGGCAGACUUGCACGUUGUCGAAUCCACUGAUGUGUUUUUGGAAUUUGCCAAGUUCUUUGUGGCGGCAAUCGGCGGUGUCGUCUUCGGCCUUCUGUUUGGAUUCGUGGCUGCCUUCACCACACGUUUCACCUACAAUGUCUGUCAGAUCGAGCCCCUCUUUGUCUUCGUGUACAGCUACCUGGCAUACUUGCUGGCCGAGUGUUUUGCCUUCUCCAGCAUGUUGGCCAUUACAACAUGUGCCAUAACCAUGAAGUACUACGUGGAGGAGAAUGUAUCCCAGAGAUCCUGCACCACCAUCCACCAUGUUGUCAAGAUAAUGGCCGCCAUAUCCGAAAUCAUUAUCUUCUUCUUUCUGGGUGUUGUUACCAUAACAGCUGAACACGAGUGGAACUGGGCCUACAUCCUGUUUACGCUGCUGUUUUCGUUCCUCUGGAGAGGAAUUGGCAUUCUGGUGCUGACCCAGAUCAUCAACCCAUUCCGCACCAGCCGGUUCUCUUUCAAGGACCAGUUCAGCUUCUCCUACGGAAGCCUGCGAGGGGCAAUCUGCUUCGGCCUGGUCUUCACUUUGCCCAGUAACAUCAGGAGAAAGAACCUGUUUGUCACUACUUCAGUUGUCAUCAUUAUAUUCAAUGUUUUCAUACAGGGCAUCAGCAUCCGUCCCAUAGUAGAAUACAUAUACACCAGCAGAACCAAGAAAGACCUGAACAUCAGCGCUGAGGUUCACACCAGGCUGCUGGAACACAUUGCUUGUGGUCUUGAGGACGUGUGUGGACAAUGGAGCCACCAUUACUGGAAAGACAAGUUAAAGAAGUUUAACGACCGUUUUUUGAGGCGCAUUCUGCUCCGAGACAAGUCCAGCAUGUUGUCUUUGUAUAAGAAACUGGAGCUGCAGAAUGCCAUGGAGUUACUGGACACACCUAUUGGAGACGUGAGCACAGCGCCAUCUACUGUUUCUCCACACAGCGAGAGGAGGGAUGCGUCUCGACCGAGGAAAACGUUCCUGGCUGCUGACGUGAGGAAAAUGUACGACAUCCUGUCUAAGAACAUGUACAAGGUCAGACAGAAGACAAUGACUUACACCAACAAAUACAAUCUGCCCGACAACAGCCAAACCAGGGAGAUUCUGAUUCGCCGUCACACGAGCAUCCGAAGCAGCGUCCGUGCUGGAAGUUUCCGCCACCUGGCUGAAGAAAACGUCCCCAGGUCUCAAAAGUACUAUUCCCUCCAACCUGGACAAGAUCUGGAGACUGGCUUUGCCCUUAGAAGGAAUAGUCAUGGUGGUGGUAGUGACGUGUCCCAACUCUCAGCCUGUCUCCAGUCCUCUGGUGUGGCGCCACGCUCCUCAUCCCGCGCUCAGCUUCCCAUGAGGAGGUUGAACACCAUCGAGGAGUCUGGAAGUGCAGGUGAGCUGUCAGCCAUUUCGGCCAACCCACAUUCACUCUCUCCUGGGGUAGAUGAGGUGAGGGGUCCUGGAAGCCUGGAGUCUGAAGGCAGGAGAGCACCAGUUAUUACACCCAGGAGGCGCUCUUCGGCUCGGGUAGACGGAGACGAAGAUCCCACUGACUCUGAAUGUACAGGAGAACAGGAGCAACCAGUGCAUCCUCCCCAGCUCCCACCACCUCGUGGCUGGGUACCCGAGAACCAGGAUCCCAGAGAAAAUGGGACAGGAAACGCCCUACUUAGACACUCGUCACAGGGGUCUCGAGGCUCAGAGAGACCAUGAACAAGGACAAAAUGAUCUUAACACAAAGGUCAAAUUAGCUAAUUGUAAACUUUGAACUGUAAAACAGAGUGUGGUUGGAAAGAGUUUUUAUAAUUAUAAUCACAUCAUGUUUUCUGCCUCUUUCUUAACUAUGUUGUUUUGCCCACUGAUGUUUGACUCAAGCAGUGUUGUUAUUUCUACCUCAUAAAAUCUUUCCCAGAGAAAUUUGUAUAGUAAAAACGACAAUGCAAUAUGAUGUGCAGUACAACUACCUAUACAUAUUACCAUGUUCUCCACUGGUACCAGAGAUGGGCACUCAAUUUAGACUCAAGUCGAGACUUGACUUGAGACUUGACUCGGACUCGAGAUUUGGGAAUCCUAAACAAUCUUUAUUUUUGUCUGACGAGCUGAAUGUCAUUACCUUCCUUAUUAUCGUGUGUGACCUUAUGCAUCCGGUGCGCUCAGCCAUGUGAGCACACCCGCAGCUGCUGUGCCAUUUGUCAUAACCUUUGGCUAUAAUAAUGCUGCAUUCAUCUACUCCUCAGACGGUCCCAUUUCCCGAGUUGGGAGAUCGUUCUUAAUGUGGAAACAACAUGGACGUUUUUGUAUAGUGUCUGGAUGAUUGGUUAUGUAUGUGAUGUUGCUACCAAAGUAUACAGAAACAGUUUAACGCUUAGUGAUUUUGUCCCAGAUUUGUUCCUGCACCAGUCGACUACAUUUUCUAAAACCACGAAAAUAUUGCUUUACCUGACUUAGAAUUUUGU